AUGGACACCCAGCUCGGGCUAACUAGCCAGCAGGUUGUCCCAGAAAUAUUGUUCCAUGAUUUGGAGCAUGUUUGCUUCGUGUCCUCUCUAUCGGGAGUUCCGGUGGCCAGCGUUGGCACUAAAAUAGUCGAGAGGACAUGGCAGCCCGAGGGGGCAUCUACGUUCCUCCAGCAAGGUUGCUGGAUGAACUUCAGUCCGGAGACUCCAGGACUGACGGGCCUGCGGGGAGGUAUUGAGGAGAACACCGGGGGCUUGCAUUGCGACCCUCGCUCCCUGCUCUCGCCUGUGCUAGUUGUGUUCCAGCCGGAGCCCAGAGUACAGCGAACAAGCAAGCGGGCAGAGAGGCAGCGCAUGCCCUACUCCUGGGCUCCCUCGGUGGCGCUCCCGCUUCCCUCUGAGAACACGAGCAAAGGCGUUCAUUCCUGGCUCAGCCCCAUCCAGCCCAGGCUGGGGUCGCCAAGAGGCACAACCGGGUACGUGGAGGAGCCCAGCCUGGUCCAACGACUCCAGGACAAGCGGUUAGAGGUACGGUCCGCGGCCCGGAGCGAGCGCUCGGAAAACCCGCCUCCAGUCGCCCCUCCCCUUCUGCCCCUCGCCCCGGGGCUGGCCGCGGAGCCGGGGCUGGCCGCGGAGCCGGGCCCGGCCGGGGCGAGCAACUCCGAAGAAGUCGGGGGCCAGCGGGGAGAAGGCUUCCGUGAAAGCCCCCGACGGGGCGGUGGCGGCCCCGGCUUUCGGCUUUCGGCUUUCGGCUUUCCUUCCAUAACGAGCCCGCCCCCGCUCCGGCCCCCGCCCCCGCUCCAUCCCGGGCUGAGCGCGGGGCCCUCCCUGGCCGGGGGCGGAGGCGCGCGCGUGGGCCGCGCUCUCCACCAAUCGGCUUGGAGCCCGCCCUCCGGCCCGGGUUCGCCGGCUCCACGGGCGGGGCACCGGGGGACCGGGGGGGAGGGGCGCGUCGCUGCUGCCGCCGCCGCCGCCGCCGCCGCCGCCGCCGCCGCCCUAGCGCAUCCCUCCCGGGCCCAGCGCCCCUCCCCCGCUCCCCCGCUCCCCCGCUCCCCGGGCGUGCCGGGCCCGUCCGUGGGGCCGGAUGGCGGGCUCGGGGGCCUGCCCUGCCUGCCCCUGCUCCUACUCCUGCCCCUGACCCGCCGGGCCCGCGCGGCCGUUACUCCGCGCGCGCCCCCGCCCCCGCCCCUCUCGCCGAGGAUGCUGAAGAUGAAGCUGCCGCCGAAGCAGCAGGCGCAGCCCGACGAGCCGCGGCCGGAGGCGGCCGAGCAGGACCAGGCGGCGGCGUUGGCGGCGGCGGAGGGCGGCGGCGCUGAGGAGGGCCGGAUGGGCCUGAAGGAGCCGCUGCACCGGCGGGACUGCCCCCUGCAGCUGCGCCCCCUCGCCCGGCCCCCGCCCGGAUCCGGAUCCGGGUCCGGGUCGUUCCGGGACCAGGAGCGGGUGUACGAGUGGUUCGGGCUGGCGCUGGGCUCGGCGCGGCGCCUGGAGUUCCUGUGCGGGCUGCUGGACCUGUGCAACCCGCUGGAGCUGCGGUUCCUGGGCUCCUGCCUGGAGGACCUGGCCCGCAAGGACUACCACUACCUGCGCGACUCGGAGGCCAAGGCCAACGGGCUGGCCGAGCCGGGCCCGCUCGGCGACUUCCGGGACCCGGCCGUCCGCUCGCGCCUCAUCGUCUACCUGGCCCUGCUGGGCUCCGAGAACCGCGAGGCCGCCGCCCGCCUGCACCGCCUCCUGCCCCGCCUCGACUCGGUCCUCGGCAGCUGCGCCGACUCGGGCCCGGUCCCCGGAGAACCGGCCGACCGCGCCGGGCCCCCCGGGCAGGGCGCCGGGCCCCCCGGGCAGGGCGCCGGGCCCCCCGGCCUGGGCCUCGCCGCCCAGGAGGAGCUGCUGCUGCUGUUCACCAUGGCCUCCCUGCACCCCGCCUUCUCCUUCCACCAGCGGGUCACCCUGCGGGACCACCUGGACAGGCUCAGGGCCGCCCUCCGCGCAGACCGGGGCUGCACCCGGGCCGAGGACAACUUCCUGGCCGGGCUCAGGGCCCAGAGCUCCGUGUCCCGGAGCGAGGCCAGGCCACGGAAGGAUGACGGCACGCCAGAGCACCCCCCACCGCCACACGACGGGCUUCCUGGGACCUCGCACCGAACUCAGCGGGAAGCUGUCCACAUUGAGAGGAUAAUUCUGAAAGGAGUACAGAGGAAAAGGGCUGACAAACAUUGGGAAUACACUUUCAAGGUUACCUGGUCUGAUCUUUCCGUUACAACUGUAACGAAAACACACCACGAGCUACAGGAAUUCCUAUUAAAACUUCCAAAGGAACUGUCUUCAGAAACUUUUGACAAGACAAUUUUGCGAGCCCUAAACCAAGGUUCCCAGAAGAGGGAAGAGCGGCGGCACCCAGAUCUGGAGCCAACCCUAAGGCAGCUAUUUUCAACUUCAUCCCAAGCUUUCCUACAGAAUCCAAAAGUACACAACUUCUUUCAGUCCAUAUCCUCAGAAUCCUUGCACAGUCACAACAAUUUACAAUCCUCUCUGAAGACCUCCAAAAUACCCGAACUCUUCAAGGAGGAUAGUUCAGAAGCUUCAAGUCAGGAGGAGGAUGUGUCACAGCAUGCAUCAAUUCACAAAAAGCAUCCUGGAAAAGGUCCUGCUGUGAACGCAAACUGCUCUUCACUGGAUGGUCUUCCCCUACAGCAUUCUGAACAAAAUGGGGUCAUGGACUGGAGAAAGAAAAACUGUGCCAUACAGCCCCCAGAGCACUGUACAACCUUAGUAGACCAGCAUUCAGUAGACAAGUGGAGCCUAUCUGCAAUAAGCAAGAAGAAAGGAAAACCACAAAUGGAAAAGGAUAAAAUUAAGAAAAUUGACAGCAGAUUGAGCAGUCGAGCUAACGGUAUUCGAGUUGCCACAACCCAGCAUGUCCGAACUGGUUCGAUAAAAGAUCCGAGUUUGGACAUUGGAUCUGGACGGGACACGUGUGGAGAGACCUCUUCCGAGAGCUACAGUUCUCCUUCCAGCCCACGGCAUGAUGGGAGGGAAAGCUUUGAAAGUGAAGAAGACAAAGACAGAGAUACAGACAGCAAUUCUGAGGAUUCAGGGAACCCCAACACGGCCAGGUUUACGGGUUACGGCCCCGCCGCCGUCGUCGGCAAGCCGCCCGCCCCGCCGUCCUCCCUUGGGAACGAGAAUGGGAGCCUCCCGGAAGACCCCCUAGACGCCCCCAAGUACCAACACGUUUCCUACUUGCCUGCCUUACACUGUGUGGUGCACAACGGCGCCCAGAAGCCCGAAGCGGCGGCACCCGCCAGGCCGGGGGAGGGCAGGGCCCCGGAAGGCCCGGCCGGCGGCCCGCCGCCCGGCCCCGCGCCCAGAGAGGCGGCAGCGCACCCCACCCUGGCCGGGGUCCCGGGGCCGGCCUCCUCCGCGGGCGAGGCGGAGAGGCACCCGGAGAUGCCGGCCGCCGCCCCUCUGCCCCUGCCCCUGCCGUCGCCGUUCCUGCCGCCCACCAUCCCGCCGGGCAGCCCGGCCCUGCCCCUGGCCAUGCAGCGGCUGAAACUGGCCCCCCCUCAGGGGGCUGGCGAGGGCUGCGCGGCGCCUGUCCCGCCGCCGCCGCCGCCGCAGCCGCCCCCCAGAAACCCGAGCGUCGGAUCACCGAGCACUGCCUUCGUCCCCAUCCCCGUCCCCAGCCCGGGGAGCCUGAGCUUUCCGGGGUCUCCGGUGGCCACCCCUGACCCCGUGAGGAAGCCCAUCCCCCCGGGGGGAGCCCCGCCUCCCACGGCGCCUCUUCCUGCCGAAGGAAGCCCGGGGGUCCUCCCUCAGCCAGCCAACCUCAAGGUCGUCCUCCCGGCAGGCGGCCUGGCGGCGGCCCCCCAGCCCCCGGCCUCUCCCUACGCCCUGCCGGGCUCUCCCCUGGCGGCCGCGCCCUCCCCCCCGCAGCCGGCCGCGGGGCUGGGCGGGGGGCCGGUCCAGGCGGCGGGGCCCCCGGCGGUCCCGACCCACACCCCCGGCCCGGCCCCCAGCCCCAGCCCGGCCCUGACGCACAGCACCGCGCAGAGCGACAGCGGGCCCUACCUGAGCGCGGUGGGCACCGCGAGCGCCAACGGCGCCCUGCUGCCGGCGCAGCCCCUGGGGGCGGGGCCCUGCGGGUCGUGCGGGCGCAGGUGCGGCUGCGGGGCCGGCGCCAACCUCCCGCUCAACGGCUACUUCUACCCCAACCCCAUGCCCGGACCCAUGUACCGCGUCCCAUCGUUCUUCCCCCUGCCAUCCCUCUGCAAUGGGAGCUACCUCAACCAAGCACAUCAGAGCAACGGAACCCCCCUCCCCUUCUUCCUGCCUCAGACUCCGUACGCCAACGGCCUGAUGCACGACCCGGUCAUGGGGAGCCAAGCCAGCUACGGGAUGCAGCAGAUGGCCGGGUUCAGCAGGUUCUAUCCCCUCUACCCGGCGCCCGGGGUCGUGGCCAACGCCAACGGAUCGGGCCCCAAGAAGAACGGGAAUGUGUCAUGUUACAAUUGUGGCGUGAGCGGACAUUACGCCAACGACUGUAAGCAGUCUUCUCUGGAGGCCACUCAGCAAGGCACUUACAGACUGAGAUACGCACCUCCCCCUCCCCCAUCCAAUGAUCCGUUGGAUUCUGCAGACUGAACGAGCAAACCUUGGCCACCCAGCUCACUGAAGUGGUGGUUCUGGUGGGUGGUGGUU